AUGCCUCUCACAGACUACAAUCCGUUCGCGAAGCGCGAAGAAUUUACCCAGAGAAACCUCAUUGCGUACAAGAUCCUCACGAUAGUCAGCUGGAUUGUUCUCGUUAUCUUUGGAGCAGUCUACACAUUCGAGCGUCCCACCGAUUGCAAACGUCACAAAGAUUGUCACACAAUAUGGGGGCAGAACAAUCACCACCCUACAGGGUUCAGUGUCAAUUCGGUGCUGACCAGCAUCUACUGGGUCAUUGUCCUCAUCUUACAAGCACACUAUGUUCGAUUUCUUUGGAGUGCGGAAAAGGAUUACGUUACUCAUGCUGCCAAUGUGGGCUCGCAUUUCAUCCUGCACAAUAUCUUGACCUUGGGCUUCAUUAUGCUUUGGGUCCGGUCGUACUUCUGGCAGGGCGAGCUCCUUCUCAUUGUCAACCUCUUCAACCUGACAGCUCUCUACUUUGGCCACCCAACCACUCCCUUGAUCAUCCACAUUCCGAUAGUUUCUGCACCCUUGGCCUGGAACUAUGUCGCAAUCUUCUGGAAUGGAGCUGCGAUGGUCCCCGGCGCCACCAAGCUGCCUGCUCGGAUUGUCGCCAACAUCUUUAUUUGGGGCAUUCUUAUGCUGGGCGCCUUCUUCCUCGCGGUCUUCAAAGACUAUACCAUGGGUUUUGAGUUGGCUAUUCUCGCCCUGUCACUUGCACUGGGCCAACUUGCUACAAAGGUUGUGGCUUUCCAGUGGAUCUUUGCUUUCGUCAUCGCCGGUGUCCUUUUCGUUCUCUCCCUGGCAGUGGGAGCUCCGAAGCUCUUUGGAGCAGAUCGCAGUGCUCGCCAAGAGGGUGCAAUUGUCAGCGAGGAUCGAGAACGAGCCCCCCUUCUGGACGAGCACUGA